AUGGACCAGGAUUCAAAGGGCUCGAUCUACGGGAAGCGAACUGUCGUGGCAAUGGAUGGUGGCCUCUACGAGCAUUAUCCUCAGUAUAGAGGGUAUAUGCAAUGCGCUGUUGAAGAGCUUUUGGGGUCAGAAGUUUCGAGAAACAUUGUGAUCGAGCACUCGAAAGAUGGGUCUGGGAUUGGAGCUGCUCUCUUGGCUGCUACCAACUCCAAGUACGAGCAUUAG